GCUCCGCUCGUCUUCAUCAUCGUGGUCGUGGCGCUCGAGCUCGCGGUGGUGGACGAGGGCCUCUCGCUGGGGAUUCGCGCUUUCGCGUGGGUGACGUUGCUCGAAGCAGCUUUGGACAGGACCCAGACGAGCGCGCCAGGGCGGCGUAUCCGCUCGCUCCACGUCUACGUCGACCCGGACGCCCACAUUGCGGAGCCAAGGUGGAUGGAGAUAGGCUGCUCGUUUUGGAGCAGCCCGCCGCUCGACUACGAAGGGGAUUACCUGGUGAUGCUUCUCGACAUGGAGUUGGCCUGUCUGCAGAAAGUGCAGGCUGGUUACGUCGACAUGGCACGGAUGUCGCAGGCCGUGCUGCGCCGCAUUCGGGUGCCUUUGUACUGCUCGCUGCGGCUUUUGGGGGGGCUAUGGGAGUAUAUGAUCUUCGGUGCUGAGGCGCCUUGCUGGACAGAGCACUCCGAACGCAACGUGGUCAACAACGUGGCCGCAGACCAUGCAGACAAGAUCCAUGAAAAGUUCACGCUUAACAAGUUCUACGACUAUGCCGAGCAG